CCUCCCAUCACGACCUCGGACGAACUCUACGCAUACGAUGAAGUCGCGCACAAGCUCCUCGUCGCUCAAAAGCCUUGGGCGCGCGAUCCUCACUACUUUAAGAGGGUAAAGGUGUCCGCGCUGGCGCUGAUGAAGAUGACGGCGCACUGCAAACGCGGUGGGGAUAUCGAAGUCAUGGGCAUGCUGCAAGGGUACGCGAAGGACGACGCCUUCAUCGUGCUGGACGUGUUCGAACUCCCGGUCGAAGGCACGGAAACGCGCGUCAACGCGCAGGCGGAGGCGUAUGAAUACAUGGUGGAGUAUACGCACACGUGUAAGGCGGUCGGGAGACACGAAAACGUCGUCGGGUGGUAUCACUCGCAUCCAGGAUACGGCUGCUGGUUGUCGGGCAUCGACGUGAACACGCAGAGCAUGAAUCAGAGGUACGGGGAACCGUUUUUAGCCAUCGUCAUCGAUCCGAUCCGGACGAGUCGCGCGGAAAAGGUGGAGAUUGGAGCGUUUCGGACGUAUCCGGAUGGAUACACCGCGCCCGAGGAGCCGUCGACGUCGAGUAAUCUAGGAAUCCCAAAGAGCAAGAUAGAAGACUUUGGCGUACACGCGAACAAGUAUUACUCGUUGGAUGUGAGCUUUUUCAAGAGCUCGCUCGACGCGCGUAACUUGGAUUCGUUGACGAAGAAGUAUUGGGUCAACACACUCAGUUCGUCGACGCUGCUGGCGAAUCGAAAACUCAUCGCGAGUCAAGUCUCGGACAUGGAGGGGAAGAUUGCCAAAGCCGAAAAGGAAAUCAAGCGAGGCGGUCCGACGACGACGUCUUCGGCGUCGCUCGCCUCGAUGUCGAUGUCCCCGACGUCGGGAUCGAAUUUAGAGAAAGCAGGCGAUGUUUCCGCGCUCGGCACGGUGACGCAAGACGCGAUAUCGCUCGCGAUAGAGCAAUCGAAAAUGUUCGCGUCGUACGCCGUCAAAUGCGCCCUGUUCGACGCCGUC